UCGGCUCCCGGCCGUUCCCGCGCGGCCCCGCCCCGCGGUGACGCGCUCAGCGGGCGCCCGGCGGGAGCGCGGUGCCGGUGCCGCAUCCACAGCCAUGUUCCCGUCGACUCCCGCCUCGCCGCGGACCCCGGGCGGGUCGGCCCGCAGGCCCCUGGGCAGCGCCGCGCCCAGCCCUCUCUCCCGGCCCGGCGGCAAGAAGGGCCUGCCGGUCGUGGCGGCAGCCGCCUCCCCGGUGCUGUUCUCGCCGGCGGCGCGGAGGAGCGGCUCCCUCUCGGCGCGAGCAACUCCUACAAGAGUUAUCCAGCUUCCUACAGCAACUGAGACUAUUAACUAUGAUGUUAAGGCUUUUGGAUCCUCUCUGCCUGUUAAGGUUAUGGAAGCCCUGAAGAAGGCUGAUGCUGAUGACCAGCUGAGCGUUCAAGUGGAUGAAAGUGGAUGGGCCUGGCUUGUUCAUAAGGAGAGGCUGAUUAUUUGGAAGAUUGGUCAGUCUGCAGUAGCUAAGUUAUCUCUGUGCAAGGAAUUGCAGCUGCCACCCAGUGACUUCCAAUGGAGUUCUAGUUUAGCAGCUAUAUCUUGUCUCAAUUCUUCAGGUGAAGCACCUUCUCUUCAGUCUCUGGCAAUAAUGGUGGCUACCAGUGAAGGUUCUGUGCGCUACUGGCCCAAUCUUGCACAUGAAGGAUCCUAUACAGACACUUUCACAGACUUUGGAGGCUCUCUGUGCAGUUUCCUCACAGCAGUAAAGGGGGGAAGCUUUAUUUUAUCAUCUUCCAGAGGUCAGCUGGUCCGGUUGAUACCUGAUAGUUCUGGCAAGAUUCAUCAACACGCCCUGCCACAGGGGCAGGGCAUGUUUUCUGGAAUUGGUAGAAAGGUUUCUUCUUUCCUGGGUAUAUUGUCUCCUGGAAGUGAUGCAGUGAUUUCUAGUGUUCUUUGGGAUAGAGAGAGAUCAAGCUUUUACAUGCUGACAAGUUCAAAUCUAAACAAAUGGGAGAUUGAUGAUUCAUCAGAACGUUACAUUCUCAGCUGGGAUAUCAACAGGAUCCUGAAAGAACAUAUUACAGAUGCAAUUUGGGGAUCUGAAAGUAACUAUGAAGAUAUUAAAGGAGGAGUAAAUGUACAAUACAUGGAUUUGCAACAGAAUCGUGAUGGGCUGGUCAUACUUGCUGCAGCAUGGCAUCCUGGAGAUCGUCCGUGUCUUGUCUACUACACUCUGAUAACAGUAGAAGAUAAAGGCUGUCAGAUGUCUGAUGAUGUUGUUGUGGAGGUCACACAGUAUAAUCCAACUUUUCAGUCAGAAGAUGAAGUGUUGUGCUGCCUAGUAGUCCCAGAUUACUUCAGCCAUGCUGCUUACCUUUACAAGGAAGAUGAAGUGUUUGCUUGUUCCACUGGAACUGGCAGAAUUUCCUUACCACAGGAAAAAAUCAUAUUUGGCAUACAAGGAGAUAGUAUUUUAGGAGCCGGUUCCUGUAAUAGCCUUCCCAUCUUCUUUGCCAAAAAAAGUGGACUUGUCACUAUCUUGUCCAGGGAAAAUAUUUCUGUGCUUCCUGAAGACCUGGAGGAUGCCCUGUCCUCUUCUAUUGCUGGACCAAGAAGUGAGAGUCCUGCAUUUGAUGCAACUGGCAGGCUAGAAGUUAUAGCUCAAGAAGAUAAAACCAAAUUAUUGAAAGCUGCUUUUCUACAGUACUGCAGGAAAGAUAUAGUCAAUGCACAGAGCAUGGUAAUGGAGCUCUUUCCAAGUAAUGCAGACCUGGAGUCUGAUGCUGAGCUGGAUAGAGCAGUGACUCAGAUCAGUGGGGACUUAAUGGAUGAUUACCCUGCCUCUGAUCCAAGAUGGGCUGAAUCUGUACCUGAAGAAGCAGCUGGUUUCAGCAACACAUCUCUCAUUCUUCUUCAUCAGCUAGAGGAUAAGACAAAAGCACACUCAUUCUUCAUUGAGUUUCUUCAUCAGGUCGGUGUGUUUGAGCGUCUGGGCAGUUUUCCAGUGCGAGGGAUGCCGAUGGCCACCCGGCUGCUGCUCUGUGAGCACGCAGAGAAACUGGCAGCAGCUAUUGUUCUCAAGAAUCACCACUCCAGGCUGCCUGAGCUGGUGAAUGCUGCUAUACUGAUUGCAUUGAACAAAAGGGAAUGUGAUGUUCCACCAAGCCUUACCCCUGCUGAUGUGUUCUUCAGGGAGGUAUCCCAAAUAGAUUCCAUCUUUGAAUGCUUAUUAGAAGAGGAAGAGCAAAUCCUGAAAGACAUGCCUAUUGAAUCAAUUGAGUGGGCCCAGAUAGUUGUCAAUGUGAACAACAUCAUUAAGGAUAUGCUACAAGCUGCGUGUCAGUAUCGUCAGUCUAGAGCCUCUUUAUAUAAAACAGGAGAACUUCCAGAAAGAGAACCUGAAUAUAUUCCAUGGACAGCCUCCAGCGGCCUGCGCGCGGCGAUAGCGCGGCAGCACGGCACCAUCCUGAAGGUGGUGUAUCCCCAGGUGGACAGCAACCUGCGCAGCGUGCUGGCCGAGCAGCUGGUGGCACUGCUGGAUUGCCUCCUGGAUGGCUACGUGGCUCAGCUGAAGUCUGUGGAUCGCCUGGCCGACCAGGAGCGCUACAGCAGCGUGGAAAUGGAAUAUGUGCAGAAAAGAUCCGAGCUCUUGUCCCCUCUCCUUUCCCUGGGACAGUACCAGUUGGCAGCUGCUUUAGCAGAGAAGUACUGCGACUUUGAUAUCCUGGUGCAAAUGUGUGAGCAGACAGACAACCAGGCCAGAUUGCAACGCUACAUGACUCAGUUUGCAGAUCAGAACUUCUCAGAUUUCCUGUUCCGCUGGUAUCUGGAAAAAGGGAAGCGAGGAAAGCUGUUAUCCCAGCCUAUUGCUCAGCACGGACAGCUGGCCAGUUUCUUGCAAGCACAUGAACAUCUGAGCUGGUUACAUGACAUCAAUAGCCAGGAUUUGCAAAAGGCUCACAGAACAUUGCAGACUUUAGCAAAUAUGGAGACACGAUAUUUUGCAAAGAAGAAAACACUUCUUGGCUUGAGCAAAUUAGCUGCACUGGCAUCAGACUUCUCGGAAGACAUACUACAAGAGAAAAUAGAAGAAAUAUCAGAGCAGGAGCGCUUUUUGUUACAUCAGGAGACGCUUCCCGAACAACUCCUGGCAGAGAAGCAGCUGAACCUCAACGAUAUGCCAGUGCUGUCUGCAUCUCAGCUCAUUGAUUUGUUCAUAUGUGAUGAGAACAGAAGAGCCAAUGAAUAUGACUUCAAGAAAGCACUUGAUCUGCUGGAAUAUAUUGAUGAGGAAGAAGAAGUGGAUGUAAAUGAUCUUAAACUCAAAAUUCUCUGUAAGGCUCUCCAAAGAGAUGGAUGGUCCUGUUCAGAUGGUAGAGAUGAUCCAAUUGAGGCAUCUAAAGAUAGUAUAUUUGUGAAAAUACUACAAAAGCUGUUGAAAGAAGGAGUUCAGUUAAGUGAGUAUUUACCAGAGGUAAAGGACUUGCUUCAAGCAAAUGAACUUGGCAACUUGAAACACAACUCUUACUUCGAAUUUGUGUUAAAAGCAAACUAUGAACUCUAUGUUCAGGGACAAGCAUGAUUCUCACUGGGAUUUUAAAAUACUUUUUCUAAAGAACUCUUAAAUUCAUGUUUACUUUUUUAUAUUCUGUUUGGUUUUUUGCUAAAGCUUUGUGAUAAAGUCUGUAUGAGUAAUAAUACAUGGUCUUAAAUGUAUAGACAUUGAUGCUUUAGUCAGGGGACGCAGAGUUGUGUUUUCAGGCGAAAUAAAAAUAAAGUUUUCAUUUUCUGUGCCUUUCAUAAAAUUGCUGGUUUGUUCUGUAUCUUAGAACGUGUCCCGUCUGAGACUUAAGGAUACAUACAGGGUGAAAAUCACACACAGGGUAAAAAUCAGGGACCCACUGCAGAGGGUGGGAAACUUGUGUUGUCACUGCUGGGGCUGUGAGUUCAGUUCAGAGAAAAUACUGAACACAUUGAUGCUGGGUGACUGUGUACAUUACUUGAGAAACAACAGGUAAUUCUAUCAGAUUACUCCACUCUUUCUUUUUGCAACAUUUCUUUCCUAGUAGAAACUAGGUAAUUUUAGUUUUGCAUUUUUGUUAUUUGCACAAAAAGGAUAACUGGCUUUUCACUGAUCACUCAGCUUGUCUGUGACAGAAAGGAAUAAAGUGCAGCUCUCCUUCAAGGCCUUCUGGUCCAGUAAAUACUCCAUUCUUUCAGUUCAUAUCUGUUAAAUUAAACUUUUUCGAAACAUUUUAGUAUAGUAUCCAUUUAACUUCCCUUUAAGCUAUUUCUAGCAUACAUGUAAAAUGGGAUUAGCAGCUCACCAUGCAGUAAUUCACAGCAACUGCUUGUGCUUAGGCUCAGAAGAAACCUCGAAAGCAUUUAUGAAAGUGUGGGAGUACAGCAUGAUCUUCCUUACUCCCAUGCCUUGGUCUCUACUGCUAGACACUACUGUUUUCCUUUUUAACCCCACUGCCCCAGUUAGUUAUCUCUGACAUGGGAAUAAUUUUUUUUUAAAAACAAUUUGUCAAUUAUUCUGACUAACAGCAGAAUUUAGUGUUUCAAUAAAAGUUACUGCAAUCUGA